AUGGUAGCGCUACAGCGUGUCUUUGUCAAGGCGUACUGGACGCUUGCUGGGGUGGGGAUCGUGUGGGCGGUUUCUGUGGGGUUGUUGGUUGUACCUUGGGUGCAGAGACACGCACUUUAUGCACAUAAAUUCCAAACUGGGCUUUUUGGAAAUGUUUCUAAUCCGGAGGAAUUUGGGUUUGCUAAGGGCCAGGUCCAACCCUUCUUACUAGAAACAGCAGAUCAUGAGAAGCUGUUCUGUUGGCACGUCAUUCCUCUUGAUGUGUAUCUGGAGCAUGAGAAUGAACUCCUCAUGGCGGCUGGGUCUGGGGAAGUCGCGGAGGGAUUGAAGGGGACGGUUGGGGAGAAGCUGAUGAGUGGGGAUGCGGAGAGCAGGGUUGUUGUGAAUUUCCACGGAAACGCAGGCCACAUCGCCCAAUCCAGCCGCCCAGCCACCUACCGCUCUAUCGUCUCCAUCCCCAAAACCCACCUCCUCACCUGUUCCUAUCGAGGCUUCGGCACCUCUACACUCCUCAACCCCCCACACCUCCCCACAGAACCCGGCCUCAUCACCGACGCAAUCUCCCUCCUCUCCUACCUCCACCAAACCCUCGGCCACCCCACCCACCGCACCGUCCUCACAGGCCAAAGCCUAGGUACCGCCGUAACCACAGCUGCAGCCCUCUACGCCGCAGACCCAACAUCCCCCCUCCUCCCCCUCUCCUCCCUUGCCCAACCACCCAUCCCCUCCUACACAGGCUACGCAGCCAUCAUCCUCGUCUCCCCCUUCCGCGACCUCCCCUCCCUCCUCCGCACCUACAAAAUCGCCGGCUUGAUCCCCGUCCUCAAACCCCUAACCGCUUACCCACGCAUCCUCUCCCUCCUAACAUCCCGCAUCAUCGACACCUGGCCCACACUCCCUCGUCUCCACGCCCUGAUCGACGCUCAUACCCCGUCCUCUACUCCCCCCCGGAACCACAAUACCCAACGCCAAAACACCCCCCACCAACCCCCCCUACACAUUCACAUCCUCCACGCCCGCAACGACCCCGCAAUCACCUUCCGCGAAUCAGAAGCCCUGUUUGCAUCUCUGCAAUCUGUCCUCCUCGCCCACGAGCGUGCGACCGCGCGCGAAGAGCGCAGAAGCAUUUUAGGCGCGGACAGGGUUGCGCGCGGGGCUUUUGCGUAUCGGGUGGCGGAGGUGGAGGGGUGGGUGGGUGUGGAUGGUUUAGACGAAGAGAGCGCGCAGACAGAGGGCGCAGAGGCGCGGCCCCGACCUGGUACAUUGACGCUGGAGUUGGAGGUUGUGAGGUAUGGGGCGCAUAAUGAUGUUGGGCCACGUUCACCACAAUGUUAUCGCUUUGCCAUCGACUACAAGAUCGGCAUUCGCGAUGGCGACCCAGAAAACGAACUACAAAAGUCAACGCCGCUUUCGAUAUCUCUCGCCGAAAAGCUUUCUAGAGGUGAAAAGGGUACAGUCAGCGACCCAUACCUUGAAAAGGUCCACGGCAAGUGGCAAAUGUACUCCAGCAAGGGUGGCUUUGCCCCCUUUGAGAUACCAGAAUUCGGGUCCUCUGAGCCAAUAGCCGUAAAGACGAGGAGCUGCUGCCGGCGUAUCAAAUUUUGGUUUGCGGGCGAUGGCUAUUUGCGCUUCCAGUGCAAGACGGGCAGGAUAAGAAAAGAGGCACACAGAAAUGCACCGACAACCACCUGGUCAGCGGUUCACAUGAUGCAAGAACAUCUAAAGCGAGAGUGCCAGGACCGUAUGAAGCAGCGGGAGAAACAGCAAGUAGAGCGAAAGCUCCAGGCAAAGAAAGAAGAGCAACAAAGACGUGGAGAAUCGGGCACGCGAUUCCAGGAAGCCAAAAGGAAAGCGGCAGGUAAAAAGGGCGUUGAGGCAUGGCAGUCAAGCCAGCAAUAG